UUUUUUUUUUUUUUUUCCUUGAAUCAGGAUUUUGAGCAUAAAGAUUUCACAAAUUUUUCUUUUUUUUUUUUUAAAGCAUAAUACGAUCAUGGCUUAAUUUGUAAUACUAAUACCUAUACAAAUAAUUCUCAUAUGUAUACCACAAUCAGUUUAACUAUUAGUAUCAUUUUAUUGAUUUCAAGUGUUCUACUUAUAAAUGUAAUUCUAAAUCUCAAUGUUACAUAGAAAUUUAUGUAUCUAAUCAAUACCUUGUAAGAAUCAUAGUUUUUAAACUCUACAUGGGAAUAUCAAGGUCUUCAAUUUGACAUUGUGUGAGUUGAGUUGGAAUCUUUGUUCUCAAUUGCAAUGGUCAUAGCCUUCAAAGCUACAAUUACUUGCAUUUUGUUAAUCAACACAUCUUGUUAGAAGUUAGCAUGAUAGUCACAUCUUGAUAGGGACAUAGAACCAAUUACUAGUUUGGUCUAUGCACAAAAAGUUGAUGAACCAUGCAAAAUCAAUCAUAUCUAUCUUUAAAAUGAACUUUUUAGUGUAUAUUUUGUUUUGUUUUGAAAAUUUACACCUAUGCAUCUUGGCAUGCUUUGGCUAUUCUUUGUCCAGUAACAAUUGAACACUUAAAAGUCAAUCAAAUUUUAAUUAGUGUGACCUACUGAUCAAUUUUAUGUCUCGUUGACCAAAUCAACUACAUGCAUCCUUUUGGUCAUCUCUAAAACACUUUAAGAAUUUUGAGAUUAUUUUCAACCCAACCCUUUGGUUCAAGUUCCACAAAAAGUGAAUUUGAUCACUUUGUUUAUUAUCUUUUAUAUGUUACAAAAAACACUUAUGGAUUAUACUUUAGCCAAAAUCAAUAAACACAUAUUUGUUCAAUCUAAAUCAUUGUUGGUAAAUUUUGUUGAUCAAAUCACCAUCCUGCCAUUUUAAUCAAAUUUAGCUAAAAUCAUAAUUUUUGACAAAACUGUAGUUUUGUAAUUUAACAUUGGAUUAUACUCCAUUUCAAUUCAAACGGUGAUUUUUCUAGAUUUUUUCAAUUAGUGAUUGAUUAUAACACAAUUUCACAGAUUUUUUUUCUAUAACCAAAUCAGUCAAAUUUCAACAAGAUUUUCCAUAUCCAAAAUUAGUCAAAAUUCACCAAGAUCUUAUAUGUCCAAAUUAUUUAGUAUGUUAUAAAAUAAAAAUCAAACAUAACCAACAAGUUCUAAUCAUGAUGUAGAUGUUAUUUAGAUGCCUUAAAUAUGAUUAUCUUUUUAGUACAUGUGUUAAAAAAACCCAUUAAUAUCUCUAGAAAUGGUAAAGGGAUAUAGAGCUUAAGAAAUUAUUUUUCUUGUUGACUCCAAUCACUUGAAUAUUGCUGUAUUAGUUUAUCUUAUGUGAGUACCGGCCUUCUUUACGAAGUUAUCAAGAGUUGAAUAUUUAAGCCUAGUAAGUCCAUUUAUUUGACUUUUAAUUUGACAUUAGGGACAUUUUGGUCCAGCUAAUUACAAUUAUCGGAUAAAAUCAUACCAACACAAUUUAAAUAAAAGUUUAUGAUGUUUUCAUUAUGAUACAUAAAUAUUUUUGUGUGUUAUAAAUGUAAGAUGUCAAAUGGGACAUGGGCAUUGAUGGUUUGGUUUGAAAACCAUCAAAACUCUUCUAUCAAUCGGGGUUCUCACUCUUUUUUUUUUCUUGAAAAGAUUUUGGUUGGUCUAGCAACUUUCAAACCGUACCAAACGGUUUGUUUUAUGGAUUACAUACUUGAAAUUUGUCGAAAAGAAACACACCAAACUAUAUGAUUUUGUGCCAUGUAACUUCUUAUAUUGCAUUUUAGCCUUUUAACUUUUGUAAGUCGUUUCAUAAUUCAUACACAAUUACACUCAACUAGAUUUUGCUUAACAAGAUGAUACAUGUCUUUGAUAAUAAGCCUUUAUCGUGAAAUUCAAAGGUAAGUUUGGUUUUAGUUUACAAUGGUUAAAACUGUUAUGAACGGUUUAGCUCAUGGUUUACAUUAGAAACCAUCAAAACCAGACCAUAAACAUCCGUAGUGGAGGCGAUAGAAGGAACAAUACUUGUAAAAGGUAAUACUUAUAAAUAUUACACAUUUUUAGAUAAGCAUUAAAUUUUCAACCACCAUUUCCAAAAUGAUUAUUGCACAUCAUCUUUAAAAAAAACACAUGUUACUCAAGAUCAUAAUAAAAUGUUACUAUAACUUCAAUUCCCUUUUAUUCUUUUAAUUAAUUAAUUAAUUAAUUAAUUUCUGUGAGUAACUUAGCGUGAAGACCACUCCAAAAACUAAAAAUGAAUAAUCUUUUUUUUUUGUUUUUUAUAUAUAUAAAAAGAUAGAUAGAUACAUGUCAGUGUGUAACUGGUGUUGACCUUGACCAUAAUAAUAGAAAACUCGGAGUAAUUGUUACUACUUUUCCUCGUUACAUGCAAUGAAGAGUUUCGGAAGGUACAAAGCAAAUUCUGCACAUAUAUAAACCCUAUUUUCCCUUUGUAAUCUUGCAGUUUAACUCAUUCACAACUUUAAUCAUCAAGAUUUCACCCAUCAUUUCCACUUUUCCUCAAGUUUAACGCGAUGGAGCCAAAAGAAGAGGCGCCUAGUGAUGAUGGAUCUUACGAGAUGGUGAACGAAGAUCCGAACAUGGAGCUAUCCGAUGAGAGCUCUUAUGAGUUGCUUUGUUCUGAAGUGUCUGAAUCGCUUGUUUUGACCGACGAUGAGGGUUUUUACAACUUUAACGUUUCUGAUGAAGAAGUGAAACCUUUUUCAUCUGAAUCGGCAAAGGAUGACGUCGAAAUCAAAGGUGACAGUGAUUCUGAUCCUUCAGAAGAAGACAUGGGUCUCGAUAGGGAAACCAAUCCAGAUUUAGAACUGCAACCGGUUCCUGAUAAGGUCAAUAAGGGUAAAAAGCGCGACUUAAUGACCAUGCUUUACGGGAGGUCGAAUUACGAUUUGUUUGAUUUCCCUGAACAUCUCAAAUUAAAAGUCGACAUAAAAGAAGUGGCGAAGAAUCACAUCAUCCGUUACCUUCCUGCAAAAUCGUUAUUCAAAUGUCGACAGGUCUCCAAAGAAUGGAACAAUUGGAUAUCCUGCCCCUUUUUCGCGCACACGCAGAGUCAAUACUUCAGAAAAACCUCUGGUUUCUUUCAAAAUUCAAAGUAUACAGCCACUCGUUUCAUCUCACUCGAUGAUUCUGCUUACGGGGUUCCAUACCCUUCUCUAGCUUUCCUUCCAAAGCUCGUUUCCGUCAAAAGCUCCUGCAACGGGCUGCUUCUAUGCCAAGCUUUAGAUGAGGAAGACAUGUUUUACGUUUGUAACCCCGCAAAUAAGCAGUGGACCAAUCUCCCUGCUUCUGGUACUUUCCAUGGAGUUGACCCGAAGUUCGUGCUGGCUUUUGAACCUUCUUCUCUUGACUUUGAACCGCAUUAUCAAGUUAUAUGUCUGUUCUCUCUUCCUGAUAAUGAGGUACCCGUUGUGUACUUUGACAUAUAUGAUUCACACACAACAUUCUGGAGCGUAUCCAGUGAGAUGUGCACGGAUUUUGAUGCGUCAGACGUAACAACUGACGCCAUUUUUGUCAAUGGGGUUGCUUACUGGGAGACUAAAGGUGGCGGGUUAUUAGCGUUUGAUUGGAAGAAUGGGUUCUACAGUGUUCAAAAGGUUCCGUUUUGUGAAGGUGGCGCGUUGACCAAUAUCCGUGGAGAAGUGUGCUAUGUCAGUGGAAAAUAUGAUCAUGCUACGAGAUCAUGCGUGUUGGAUGUUUAUGGUGAUGGUGUGAUGAUGUUGAAAAACACCAUUAGGAUUCCUGUUGAUGAUGUGGAAGACGGUGAGUUUGUUGAUUGUACGGUUUUGGCUAACUCGUGUGAUGACGUUGUAGCGUUGGUGGUGAAGGUUUCUCAACUGCAUAAGUGCCUUUAUGUGUAUCAUGUGAAGGAUGAGAGGGUUCAAGGACCGGUGUUUUUCAGUCACUGUGAGAAGUUGUUUCCUUAUGUUAACAGCCUCGUUUCUUUAUCGGGUUAGUUAUCGUCAUCAUCAACAUGGUCGUCGUCGUCGUCGUCAUCAACUUAACAAUGUUUUUUUCUUGUAAGUGGUGGUUUGGGUACAUAUAUUACUACUGAACUUCUAUGGGAUGUUUGAUGUUUUUCGCUUGACAUGUGGAUUUGUUCUUUAA